UUCUCGCCGUUUUCAUUUUUUUUUCCGUAUCUGAAUACUCUGAAACUCCUUCUCUUUCUCUUUCUCCGCCGAAGCUCGGGUAGCUCCGAGCUUUUGUUUUUCGUUUCUAACAAUUUAAUUCAUUUUCUCUCGUGUAGAGUCUUCAAUUUUUAAGCCCUAAUUCCCAAACUGCCUUCAUUUCCCCCCCAAAUUGACUCCUAGGGUUCAAUUCGUCGUCACCGGCUACGUUUCACUGAUUUUUUCAGCGAAAAUGGCUUUCAUUGGAUUGUAGGGUCUUCCAGAUCGAACCCUUUUUUACUUUCAGAAGACACUAUUUACUUCAUCUUCAUCAGACUAAUCCAAUUAGCGAUUAUGGCUCUUCGGGUUACCGUCUCUUUCUCGGGUUACGUCGCCCAAAACCUAGCUUCCUCGGCUGGAAUUCGCGUCGGAAAUUGCAGAGCUUUACAUGAAUGUUGGGUUCGGAAUCGGAUUUUUGGUCCAAACCAGAAGCCUGAAAUCGACCCUUCUGGUUCCGUUCGCAAUUACCGAUCCGAUUUUUCCCAGCCUAAAGCCUGUUCCUGGGGUAGGAAUUCUGCUUCCUCCUAUAGCAACCUCGCCGGAGAUAUUUUGGGUGAUAAUUUUAAGAGUCCAAUUUUGUUGGGUUUGAUCUCGAUCAUGAAGUCAACGGCCUGUGUAACAGGUUCGUCGGCGACGAGUAUGGGCGUUUUUGGGAUUUCACCGGUUAAAGCUACUUCGAUUCUUCCAUUUUUACAGGGAUCGAAGUGGCUACCCUGCAACGAAUCGGUUCCAGUUUCAUCUGUCAACGAGGUUGACAAAGGUGGAACUUGUUGUAAUGAUGGGGUUAUGGCUACUCAGAGCCACUUGGUAGAAAAGUCUUUAGAGAAAACUGGCUGGGUAACGCGUUUGAUGAAUUCUUGUUCGGAGGACGCGAAGGCUGUUUUCACUGCUGUUACUGUUAGUUUAUUGUUCCGAUCGAGCCUGGCCGAGCCGAGAUCAAUUCCGUCUACUUCUAUGUACCCUACUCUUGAAGUGGGCGACCGAAUUUUGGCGGAGAAGGUUUCAUAUCUCUUCCGAAAGCCUGAAGUUUCAGACAUUGUUAUUUUUAAGGCACCUUCAAUCUUACAGAAAUUUGGAUUUAGUUCAGGCGAUGUAUUCAUAAAGAGAAUUGUGGCCAAGGCUGGAGACUAUGUUGAGGUUCAUGAUGGGAAAUUACUGAUUAACGGGGUUGCUCGAGAUGAAGAAUUUAUUUUAGAGCCUCUUGAAUAUGAAAUGCCUCCAUUGCUUGUACCAGAAGGUUAUGUCUUCGUAAUGGGAGACAAUAGGAAUAACAGUUUUGACUCUCAUAACUGGGGUCCACUGCCUGUAGAAAACAUUGUUGGCAGAUCAGUCUUCCGCUAUUGGCCACCGUCCAAAACUGGAAAGAAUACUACCAUGGCAGUCUCUUGAUGCAUUGCCCCUUUCCCCGCUGGGGAUCUUAGAUGACAAUUUUUUUCUUCAUUUUGAUUAUUGACUACAUAGAUUUUUUCCUACUCUUGUUGCUCAUCUUUGAGCGGUUUGUGAAUACUUUUUUCUCGUAACUUUCAUCUUGUGCCCUGUACCAUGGAUAUUGUUUAGAUAUUAGAUGGGUAUCUUUCCCAUCAGCAUGUUUUUCUCUUCUUGUUUAUGCCCAAUCCUUGGCUGUUGAUGCCAUUCUUUCUGUAAUGACUAUUAAAUCUGUUGACGUCGUGGAUUUAGAAA